AUGACUAAAUUGGUGGAUUCUCUAGUUAAAAGCUCGAAAGAACUUAAACCCAUUACACUUGACCUGAGGAAUAACUUUAAUCCGAUGAUUUCAGAAUCAAGAAUUUUAUCACUCGGAAAUACCCGUAUAUUUAGCCUAAUGGAGGAAUACAUGGAAGAAUACAGAAUUGGUGAAGUAAGGGAUGGAGACAUUUUAGUUUAUGAAGAUUCACUAUUUCUGAUAUAUAGAAGUGUACUGUUCUUUGAGUACAGCUCUGGAGUCAGGUAUGCACAAAUAACAAGUAGUUAUUUAAAUAAGGCGGGUUCAAUCACUAAGGAGGUUGUGGAAAGAAUAAACGAGGCAAAUUACGGAGUAUAUACUGAGCUUAUCAAGGACUUUGUAGUUAUGGAUUUGAAAAAGAAACCACCUCAUUACUUGAUAAAGGAGAGCGGAAAUAAGGUAAGGAAAUUUCAGAUAAAUCGUCUCUUUACACCAAACGUGGUUAUUGGCCCAGUCAAGUAUGGUGAAUACAUUCUGGAUGAUGCAGUAGAGGGUGUGAUUAGUAAAAUUGUUGAAGUAGAAGGAAGUAUUGUUAGGAUAGAAACAUUGUUUAAUGAUGGAUUUGGAAUUAAAACUCUCCACAGAGUUGUAGGAUCUGGAGUUGUGACUCUGUACACAGAAAGGAAUCUGAUAAUUUGA